CCUGCGCGCCGCGGGGGGACCAUGGCGCGGGCGGCGGGGCUCUGCCUGCCCUUCUGCGGCCUCGCCCUGCUCCUGCUCUGCUGCGCGGCCAGGGGGGACCCCGCAGGCAAUGAUGCUUUUACCAUUCGCCAUGACAAAGAGAACAAGUGCAUACAAGUUAAAAACUCAUGGAUAGUGAUAGAUGACUGCAGGGAGACAAGUGAAGCUUUAUGGAAAUGGGUAUCCCAGAAUCGCCUCUUUCACUUGGGGUCCAAGCAGUGCCUGGGACUUGAUAUAUUCACGAAAUCAGUGUCUCGCCUGAAAAUGGUUGAUUGUAACUCAGAAUUAAUGCUGUGGUGGCGAUGUGCUGAUGCUUCCAUCAUUGGUGCAUCUCAGUACAAAGUGACUAUCAAGAAUACCUAUGUGACUGCAAGCAUAAAUGCAACAGACCAGUGGAGAAGCAACAGUUCUUCCAGUGAUAUAUGUCGGUACCCUUACCACGAGGUUUAUACCAAAGAUGGCAACUCAUAUGGAAAACCCUGCGAGUUCCCCUUUCUGUAUAAUAAAACAUGGCAUCAUGACUGCAUUCAGGAUGAAACCCAUAUGGGUGGGAAAUGGUGCGCCACAUCUGAAGAUUACACUCGUGACGGAAAGUGGGGAAUCUGCUUACAACCAGAGGAUGGCUGUCAUGAUAUCUGGGAACAGGAUCCAGGGUCUAAAAAUUGCUAUCAGUUUAAUACACAGUCUGCUCUUUCUUGGAAGGAAGCUUAUAUUUCAUGUCAAAGGCAAGGAGGAGAUUUACUUAGCAUCCAAGAUGCAUCUGAAUUAAGUUACAUACAAGCCAAGGAUGACAUCGCUGAGAUCUUCUGGAUUGGUUUAAAUCAACUGGACGUUUCUGGAGGUUGGCAGUGGUCAGAUCACAAACCUUUGAAUUUUGUCAACUGGCAUCCAGAUAUGCAGAGUUUGUCCCCACUAGAUGGGACAAGUUGUGUGGUAAUGAAUGCUGCUUCAGGUCAGUGGCAGAGUUACCAUUGUGGGACUCAACUUCCAUAUACUUGCAAGAAGUCACUCAGUGAAGUUUCAAGUCUCCCAGAGGAUUGGAGACACUUGGAUACUCGCUGUGACUCGGGCUGGCUUCCCUACGAUGGCUCUUGCUACAUGCUGAUAAAUGACCCGGCACCUUGGAGCACGGCAGAUGAGUUGUGCAAAGCAAAUAAGAGUAACCUCAUCAGCAUACACUCAUUAGCAGAUGUUGAACUGGUUGUUACAAGGCUUCAUAAUGAUGCAGAAGAAGAAAUGUGGAUGGGUCUUAGGAAUGAAGAUGUGCCAACCUUGUUCAAAUGGUCAGAUCAUUCGACUGUGGUUUUCACAUAUUGGGAUCAGAAUGAACCAAAAGUUCCUUUUAACAGCACUCCUAACUGCGUGUCAUAUUCAGGCAAGUUGGGACAGUGGAGAGUGAAAUCCUGUGAAGAAAAAUUGAAAUAUGUUUGCAAGAAAAAAGGAGAUAUUCUGAAUGAAACGAAAUCAGAUGAAAGAUGUUCACUGGAAGAGGGAUGGGAGAGACAUGGGAACUAUUGUUACAGGAUUGAUAAAACGGAAGUUUCAUUUGGAACACGGUGCAAUCUUACAGUGAUGAACAGAUUUGAGCAAGAAUUUAUAAACAGUCUGAUGAGAAAACACACCGAAAUUGACGAAAAGUACUUCUGGACCGGUUUGCAGGAUAUUAGCCAAUCAGGAAUAUAUUCUUGGGGUACAGUGAAUGGAGAAAAACCGGAAGCUGUGACAUACACUAACUGGAAUUCCUUGCAACCAGAGUUUUCAGGAGGAUGUGUGGCCAUGUCCAAUGGCAAUUCUCUUGGAAAGUGGGAAACUAAGGACUGUAAAACCACCAAAGCACUUUCGAUCUGCAAAAAAUAUAUUGGGCAGCCCAAGGAGCCAGAAGUGCUCCCAAAGCCAACUGAUCCCUGUCCCCCUGGGUGGCACAAUGGAUCUGGCCUUGCCUGCUACAAGUUCUUCCACAGUGAAAGAGUGCUGCGAACCAGGACCUGGGAAGAGGCAGAAAGGUUCUGUGAAGCACUUGGAGGCCAUCUGCCUAGUUUUAGUCACUCAGAAGAAGUCAAGGCACUUCAUUCUAUCCUGAGAAAAAUGAUCAGCAAUGACAGAUGGGUAUGGAUUGGAAUGAAUAAGAGGAGUCCAGAUUCUUUGGGAACCUGGCAGUGGAGUGAUGAUAAACCUGUAACUAGUGUUGUUAUGCCACUCGAGUAUCUGGAAGAUGAAUAUGAUACAAGAGACUGUGCUGCAUUAAAGACCUCCCAGUUUUCACGGAGGUCAUUUUGGAGAUUUUAUUUCCAUGAAGGCAGAGACCUGGAAUUUUACUUCAGGCCUUUUGAUUGUGAAGCUAAACUUGAAUGGGUCUGCCAGAUAACUAAAGGUAGCACUCCAAAGACACCUGAGUGGUAUAUACCAGAUGAAAUUGGAAUUCAUGGAGCCCCACUUGUUGUUGAUGGAGCAGAGCUGUGGUUUGUACCAGAUAAAAACUUGAGCUACCAGGAAGCUAUUUCCUACUGUCAAAAAAAUGAUAGUGAUUUAGCCUCCGUGGAGUCUUACCCAAAACUCAGGAUAAUACUGUCUCAAAUAGAAAAGUUAUCAAACAGCGAACAGAAGUGGUGGCUGAAGUUUAUUGAUUAUGGCUACAGCUAUCAUUCACCUUUACAGUUAUUUCCACGCUUGCAUGAUAGAUUCCUGAGAGAAUGCUGGUAUGUUUCUAGAAAGAACUGGUAUAGAGACUACCCAAUUAACUGUAAUGUGAAACUACCCUUCAUCUGUGAAAAAAAUAAUGCCUCCUUACUAGAGAAACAUGAUCCCAGUUACCGCCCAGUCAGAGGAGGUUGCCCUAAAGGCUGGCAUCAGUUUCGGAAUAAGUGUUUCCAGAAGAUGAAACCUGAAUAUUUAACAUUUAAUGCAGCUAAUGAAAAGUGUGUAACUUUUGGAGGCUCUCUUCCAUCUAUCUCAGAUCAAGCUGAGCAAGAUUAUAUAACAUCCUUGCUUCCUGGUAUGCCAAAAGAUAUUUGGAUUGGUUUACAGUUUCUGUUCAGCACAAGAGAAAACAAAUGGAUAGAUGAAAGCAGACUGAUGUACAGUAACUUUCACCCACUCCUGACAGGAAGAUUAAGGAAAAUUCCACUGGAUCUUUUUGAUGAAGAAUUUAACAAUCAGUGCGGUGUAAUCCUCAAUGAUCCCAAAUCACAGUAUGCUGGAACAUGGAAUUUCACUGCUUGUGCUGACAGGCACUUCUUGGGUAUAUGCCAGCGUCCUACAGGUAUAGGAACUUCUGAUAACCAGACAGAGGAAGUCAUUAAUGGAACAUUGAGCUAUCAAAAUGUUCAAUACAUGGUAAUUCUGAAGAAUUUGUCCUGGAAUGAUGCAAUGGCUGCAUGCAUAAAUAACAAGAUGCAGCUGGUUAGCAUCACAGAUCAGUUCCAGCAGGCUUUUCUUGCUGUUCAGGCGGCCCUUCAUAAUUACCCACUCUGGAUUGGACUCUUCAGCAGAGAUGGUGGAAAGCAUUAUGGCUGGCUGGAUGGCAAACAUGUUAGUUUUAGUCGCUGGUCUGAAGAUGAUGAAGAAACAAAUGAAGAAUGUGUGUUUUUGGAUACUGAUGGCUUCUGGAAAAGUUCUGACUGUUCCUCUGAAAAUCGAGGUGCUAUUUGCUACGCAUCAGAAAAGGAGACUGAAAAAGAACAAGUUUCCCAAGUGAAGUGCCCACAUAAGAUUAAAAAUACACCCUGGAUAUCAUUUAGAAACAAUUGUUACACUUUUAUGAUAACAAAAAAUAGAUGGAGAGAACUGAAGUCUCAAGAAGCUCAUCAUUUAUGCAGGAAAAUGAACCCAGAAGCAUUUGUUCUGAGUGUUCGAGAUGAAGAAGAGAAUAACUUUGUUACUGAGCAGCUUCAUUCAUUCAGUGGUCUGGCUCUGUGGGUCUGGCUGGGUGUGAUUUAUGAUGACAGUGAUAAAGUUCUCAAGUGGUAUGAUGAAACUCAUCUGACUUACAAUAACUGGAGGCUGGGAAGACCUAUCAUAAAGAAGAACAGUUUUUUUGCUGGUGUAAACCUUGAUGGGUUUUGGGACAUUUAUAAUUAUUCUCAAAGUUGGCACGCCAAUCACUAUAACAUGUACAGUAUUCUUGCCUGUAAAAUCGAAAGGGGGCCCCAACAGCACAAGCCUCCGUUGCCCGAGUCUAUUCCACAUGGAAACAGAACAUACAGGAUCCUUCAGAAAAAAUUAACCUGGUAUGAGGCAUUGAGAGCAUGCAAACAAAAUAAGAGUGAUUUAGCAAGUGUACACAGUGAAUCACAACAGUUAUUUCUAGAAGAUAUUGUCAAACAGGACGGUUAUCCUCUGUGGCUUGGGUUGUCAAUUCACGAUGGAAGUAAAGCUAAUUUUGAAUGGUCAGAUGGAAGUGACUUUGACUACUAUCCUUGGGAAUUAGAAAACUCAAAUACUACUGAGAACUGUGUUCUGUUGGAUACUAAAGGAUCUUGGAACCGUACAAAAUGUACAAAUGUUGCUGAAGGUGCCAUUUGUUAUAGCCCUCCAAACAAGAGGCAGUUCCAGGCAGAGCAAGCGAGCAGAGCCUCAGGAUGCCCGCAGAGCAGUGGUGCCCUACAGUGGGUACAGUACAAGGAUCACUGUUACGCGUUUGACAUGGCAUUCUACAAUUUUUCAGUCUAUAAUAUGGAAGAGGCUAAGAAAGUCUGCCAGAAACUGAAUCCUUCAGCAACCCUUCUGACUAUAGUGAGUGCUGAGGAAAAUGCAUUUGUGAGCAAACACGUAAGGGAACAUGAUCUCAUCACCAAGAAUGUAUGGCUCGGCCUGGCUCAGAACUCUAAGGGUCAGUCCCUGAACUGGCUGGAUGGCUCAUCAGUUAAUUAUGUCAACUGGGAGAACAAAACUGCAGAAGCCAAUGAAAAAUGCAGUGUUAUCACAUCCAGAACUGGCACAUGGUCCAAAGUUGACUGCAGUCGUAGUCAAAGCAGAGUGGUUUGCAAAGCUCCUUUAGGUUCUAAUCAUACUGGUGUGGCUGUAGCAUUUGCCCUGCUAGUUAUCUUAGUCUUUGCUGGUGGGCUGGUGUUCUAUCUCUACAAAAAGAAGCGUCUUCACUGGAGUGCCUUCUCUUCAGUACGCUAUCAACGAGGCAUGAACGAUGAUGAAACCGAUGAUAUGUUCACAAAAGAUGGCUAUUGAGAAACUUCCUUCUGGUUAAUUUAAGAAAGAACUUCACUGUGUGAAGCCAUAAGAAAUUAGCUGCUUGAUGUUCUAUUACUUCUUUUUGGAAAAGUAAUAAGGUUAUGAAUGGGGGCUAAAAUUUGUUCUUUUAUAUGCAAGUGCAAUUUUCUGAUAAAAAGUCAGUAAUAAUUAUA